UGGUAUUUCUAUAUCAAAAUUAAAUUUAAACGAGGCGUUUUUCUAUUUUUAAUAACGGCCUCAAAAUGUAGUAUCCAAUGACCAAAUGAGAUGCAAAUCCCGAGUGGGUCCAUUUUGAUUUUUGUACUCUGAGUCUUUUAAGAGCAAAUGGGGUCUACCGACAAUAUGAAUUCCGCUUUCUAUCGUCGUCAUGAAGCUGCAGUUCUUGCUGCUUGCAGUAGGUGUCGCUCAUCAGCGCGUGAAGCCCGACGAGUGAAGAGAGAGCAGUGAGAGGCUGUCAAGUUGAGCAGAUCACCCAGCCAGCACUGAGGCUCAGGACGGAGCUUGUGGGGAAGCGAAAGAGAUGAAGCUUCUUUUGUAAAAAAAAAAAAAAAAGCUCACCACUUGACAUUGCAGAGGUGUCAUAUCACAGUGCCACAGCAGCGACCUCCUGAAUUCUCGAAGGACAGCAGGAAGAAAGCACCUUUAGUCCUGGAUAGAAAGUGGAGACUGAGAGACAGACUCAUCAGUUACAAUAACGACAUGGGAAAAGAAACGUCCAACACUUUAUAAGAUGUUUUCUCAUCAUAGAGAAAGAGAGCAGCCGAUCUUCAGCACGCGGGCUCACGUCUUCCAGAUCGACCCGGCCACUAAGAGGAACUGGAUCCCGGCAAGCAAGCAUGCGGUCAGCGUGUCUUUCUUCUUUGACUCUAAUCGCAAUGUCUACCGCAUCAUCAGCGUGGGUGGCACCAAGGCAAUUAUCAACUGCAUUGUUACACCCAGCAUGACAUUUACAAAGACAUCACAGAAGUUUGGUCAGUGGGCUGACAGCAGGGCCAACACGGUCUACGGUUUGGGCUUUGCGACAGAGCAACAGCUGCAGCAGUUCUCAGAGAAGUUUAAAGAAGUGAAAGAUGCAGCUCGUUUGGCUCGUGAAAAGUCCCAAGAUAAAGAACUGGCAAAUACAGCCCUCAGCAUCGCUGCACCGCAGUUCUCACAGGACCUCUCCGAUGACCUCCAGUCCCCUCCAGUCAUGUGUGUGAACGGGCCUGAGGACAAGCUGUAUCGCAGUCAAAGCGCAGACAUCACGCUGUCCUCUGAAAAGGAGCGCAUCAAGAAGAUGCUCUCUGAGGGGUCUAUUUGCGAGUUGAACCUGGAGACGGAGUUCUUCACGCUACAAGACAGUAACUCUAAAUUAGUGGCGGCGUUGCACGAGGCUAAUGCUAACGUGGCGCAGUGGAAGAAGCAGCUGGUUGCUUAUCAAGAGGAAACCGAAAGGCUCAGAGAACAAGUGGCUGACCUGGAGGCCCACGGGGGUCACGGCCCCAGUGACCUGUUGAAGGACGAGCUGACUCAGUCUCUAGAGGAACUGGAGGCUCUGUUGAAGGCCAAAGAUGAGGAAAUCCACAUUUUGCAAAGCAAGAAAACAGACUAUCAUGAGAUAGAGCGGGACAGAGAUCAGGCUAUACACAGAUUACGGGAAGUGGAGAUGCGUAAUUCCGAGCUAGAGCGCCGCAUCCAGAACACGGAGCAGAACUUGAGCAUCUCUCUGGAGGACCGAGACCGCAUUGACACUGAGCUCCAGAGGGCCAUUGAAAUUCUAGACAUCAAGAUCUUUGACCUCAAUGACCUCCGGCAGAGCCUGGUUAAACUCAUGGACAAAUAAAACGUGAAAAUGCGGAAGUAAAUAAAUAAAGUUCGACGUUGGACGAUGGAGCCCGCCCAGAGUUGCGUCUGGAGCACAAGAAGCAUCUUGUCUGUCGGCAUUUAACAUGGUUUUACUUGUCUGCUAAUGUAGCGCUUCAUGUUGCUUCGCAGGGAAACAAUGCAAUAACUUCAAGGUAACUGCUUAUGAGUGCAGAGUGCAAGAUGUUUAUUAAGGACAAUUGGUGCUCGGUUUUUCAUUGAGUAUGACCAUUGAAAUUGAAAUGGCAUAUUAUGAUAAGGGGCCUUGUAUUAUAUAAACUGCCUUGUUAAAGAUUCUGCAAACAAAACAAGAACCAUUUAAUACUGAAUUAACAGCCACGAAACAUAAUGCAGAUGAGUAACUCGCUAUGCACUACAUAGCAGCAGUAAAACGAGUGAGUGAAUUAGGUCACAUUCUUCAAGGUCGAGUAAGAGAAAAAGAAGUCCGCUAUAUUAUUUAAUAUUGUAUUUGGUGAGGCACAGAUGAAUAAAGACACCAAAGAUCAAUGUUUUAUACACAUUGCUGUUAAGGAAUGAUAGAAGCUUGCUCUUCUGUGCUGACUCACAACUGGAGAAAAGAAGUACGCAUUAAUAGAAAGUAUCAAAUCUAGAUGUAAAUGAUGCAAUCUGCAAUGCCAUAUAGUGCAGCCAUACUUUAAACUUUUUAUUCAUAAAAACUUUGUGUUUAUGAAUAACGAUAAACUUACAGUGCUUGUGAUAAUGCCACAUCUGAAUGGACCUCUGCUGUGAUGCAUUCAAGGACAUUUGGUACACUUCAGGCCUUUCUCCAUGUUACCUCCAUCUGUGGACAAAAUGACAUUUGCCUGCUCAACAAUGGAAAUACAAUGUAUUUUUCACAAGCUUAUUUUUAUCAUGUUCUUUCAAGCCUUACUGUCGAAACUUUUAAGGGUUGUUGUGGAAAGUAAUGGUGGCUGUUUCACAGCUGUUGUGAAGGAAAAUAAAAGCAAAGAAUACUAACAAACUUGUACCAUA